UUCUUAUCCGCCCGUUUUCACCCCCAGAACUUCCCUCGUCUUCGAUCACUGCACGUGUCAUCCAACACUCGUCUUGUCCAGUAACGCUGCGUCCAGAACCAGUACUACAGCCUUCUUCCACCAUGACGCUCAAGACCCUCUCUGCAAAGGCUGCCGCUGCUCUCGACCGCGAGCUCAUGAGCACGGGGGCCUUUUCCAUCGACCAGCUCAUGGAACUGGCAGGUCUCUCGGUCUCACAAGUUGUUGCCCGAGUCCACCCUAUCAAGCAGGGCCGCCGAGUGCUGGUCGUUGUUGGCCCUGGAAACAAUGGGGGUGAUGGCCUCGUGGCUGCUCGACACCUUUUCCACUACGGCUAUCAACCUGCCAUCUACUAUCCGAAGCGACCCAAGAACGAUCUCUAUCAGCGCCUGGUCAAACAAUGCGAAGACCUAGAGAUACCCUUUGUCGAUGACUUCGCCUCUGCUCUGGACUCUACCGACCACGUCGUCGAUGCCAUCUUUGGUUUCAGUUUCUCUGGCGAGGUUCGGGAGCCGUUCCCUGCCGUCAUCAAUGCCAUGGCCGAGACAAAGAUUCCGGUGACCUCGGUCGAUGCUCCAUCGUCGUGGGACAUUAAUGAAGGACCGCCCAAGUCCGGGGUGGGCAGCAAAUUUCACCCUAAUGUCUUGGUUAGCUUGACGGCUCCGAAACCUCUGGUCAAGCACUUCAAGGGCCGCCAUUUCGUGGGAGGACGGUUCGUCGCUCCGUCGAUUGCGAAAAAGUACGACUUUGACGUUCCCAAGUAUGAGGGUAUCGACCAGAUCGUCGAGAUCACCGACAACCAAGUCAAGAUCUAAAGGCUUCUUGCCGCCCUGUCAACGUCGUCGCUGGUGCUGCUGAUGGUGCUGCUCUUCCCUUCUCGAACCAACCCAGGCUACAUCAGACUGCAGCCCCCGUGUCGACUAUUUGGACAAGUAGGGCUCGGACA